GCGUUUUUGUUGCAGCUAGCUAGCUCGCUCGUUCGUUCGCUCUGCAAAGUUAAAUUUAUUAUUGAAUAUAGCUUGCAAAUAAAAAUAAAACGAGUGUGUCCGUGUGUUUUUAAAUCUAAUUUUUGCAACGCAUUGUGACAAACAAAAAAAUGUCGCAUCAUUAUGUGGUGACCGCACAAAAGCCGACUGCGGUUGUCGCUUGUCUGACGGGCAAUUUCACAUCGCCAACAGACUUGAAUUUGGUGAUUGCACGCAACAAUCAGGUGCAAAUUGAUUUGGUUACACCUGAGGGUUUACGUCCUCUCAAGGAAAUCAACAUAAAUGGCAAAAUUACGGUUAUGAAGCACUUUCGACCACCGGAUAGCAAUAAGGAUUUACUAUUCAUUCUGACGCGUCGCUUCAAUGUGAUGAUCCUCGAGGCACGCAUGGUUGGCGACAGCAUAACCGUUGUGACCAAGGCCAACGGCAAUGUAUCGGAUUCCGUUGGCAUCCUAUCUGAGGGCGGUUUCAUUGCAGCCAUUGAUCCAAAGGCACGUGUUAUUGGCAUGUGUCUGUACCAGGGAUUAUUUACAAUCAUCCCACUGGACAAAGAUGCUAGCGAACUGAAGGCAACCAAUUUGCGCAUGGAUGAACUGACAGUCUACGAUGCAGAGUUUUUGCAUGGCUGCCUCAAUCCCACUGUGAUUGUCAUACACAAGGACAACGAUGGACGCCACGUGAAGUCGCAUGAAAUUAAUUUGCGGGACAAGGAGUUCAUUAAGAUGGCCUGGAAGCAGGACAACGUGGAGACUGAGGCUACCAUGCUAAUACCAGUGCCGUCGCCCAUUGGUGGCGUUAUUGUCAUCGGACGCGAGUCAAUUGUGUAUCACGAUGGCAGCAAUUAUCAUGCCGUUGCUCCGCUCACUUUUCGCCAGAGCACCAUUAAUUGCUAUGCUCGUGUGGACAGCAAGGGAUUGCGUUAUUUGCUCGGCAAUAUGGACGGGCAGCUAUAUAUGUUGUUCUUGGGAACCACAGAUUCGGGUAAAAGCAUUACCGUCAAGGAUAUUAAAGUGGAGCAAUUAGGCGAGAUUUCAAUACCGGAGUGCAUUACUUAUUUGGACAAUGGAUUCCUCUACAUUGGCAGUCGUCAUGGUGAUUCGCAGUUGGUGCGCUUAAGCUCAGAUGCUAUAGAUGGUUCCUAUGUCAUUCCCGUGGAGAACUUCACCAAUUUGGCACCCAUACUAGACAUUGCUGUGGUGGAUUUGGAUCGUCAGGGACAGGGUCAGAUUAUCACGUGCUCGGGCAGCUUCAAGGAUGGAUCAUUGCGCAUUAUUCGCAUUGGGAUUGGCAUACAGGAGCAUGCUUGCAUUGAUUUGCCCGGCAUCAAGGGCAUGUGGUCGCUCAAAGUGGGCAUCGAUGACAGCGUCUAUGAGAACACGCUGGUCUUGGCUUUUGUAGGACACACGCGUAUUUUAACGCUGUCGGGCGAGGAAGUGGAGGAAACUGAUAUUCCCGGCUUUGCCAGUGAUCUACAGUCGUUUCUGUGUGCCAAUGUAGAUUAUGAUCAGCUCAUUCAAGUGACUGCUGAGAGUGUGCGUUUGGUUAAGAGUGCCUCUAAAGCGCUGGUUGGUGAAUGGAAACCCGAAGGCGAUCGCUCCAUUGGUGUGGUUAGUUGUAAUGCUACGCAGCUGGUUGUUGCGUCUGCCCGUGAGAUAUUCUAUAUCUGCAUUGAGGAUGGCAGUCUGGUGGAAAAGUGUCGCAAGACUUUGCCAUACGAGGUGGCUUGCCUAGAUGUAACGCCUUUGGAUGAGAAGCAUAACAAAUCGGAUCUGGUUGCCGUAGGCCUUUGGACAGACAUUUCAGCAGUGAUUCUAUCGCUGCCCGAUUUGGAAACAAUCUACACAGAAAAGCUUAGUGGCGAAAUAAUUCCUCGCUCUAUAUUGAUGACCACCUUUGAGGAUAUACAUUAUUUGCUGUGCGCCUUGGGCGAUGGUUCGAUGUAUUAUUUUAUUUUGGACAAGGCUACGGGCCAGCUGACAGAGAAGAAGAAGGUGACGCUGGGAACACAGCCAACAACAUUGCGCACGUUUCGUUCGUUUGCCACAACCAACGUGUUUGCCUGUUCGGAUCGUCCAACAGUCAUUUACUCGUCUAAUCAUAAGCUCGUUUUCUCAAACGUUAAUCUGAAGGAAGUAAAUCACAUGUGCUCUUUGAAUGCCCAGGCAUAUCCGGAUAGCUUGGCAUUGGCCACCAAAAACUCUGUUAUACUGGGAACCAUUGAUGAGAUUCAAAAGCUGCACAUCCGCACUGUGCCGCUGGGCGAGGGCCCUCGUCGCAUUGCCUAUCAGGAGGCAUCACAGACAUUUGCCGUAUCCACGCUGCGCAUUGAUGUGCAUGGACGUGGUGGGGCGAAACCAUUGCGCAACAGUGCAUCUACCCAAGCUCAGAAUAUAACAUUCAGUUCAAAUAUAUUACCACGGCCGGGCGGUGGCAAUUCCACGACAACUAAUGCUGAAGUUGGACAAGAGAUUGAUGUUCACAAUUUGCUUAUAAUUGAUCAGAAUACGUUCGAAGUGUUGCAUUCGCAUCAGUUUUUGCCGCCAGAGACGAUUUCAUCAUUGAUGUCGGCCAAAUUGGGUGAUGAUCCGAAUACCUAUUAUGUGGUAGCCACCUCCUUAGUUUUUCCCGAUGAACCAGAACCAAAAGUGGGUCGUAUCAUCAUUUUCCAUUACAACGACAACAAGCUGACCCAAGUGGCCGAAACGAAAGUGGAUGGCACUUGCUAUGCGCUUGUGGAGUUCAAUGGCAAAGUUUUGGCGGGCAUUGGCAGUUUCGUGCGCCUUUACGAGUGGACCAAUGAGAAGGAGUUACGGAUGGAGUGCAACAUACAGAAUAUGAUUGCAGCAUUGUUCUUAAAGGCCAAGGGUGAUUUCAUUCUUGUCGGCGAUUUAAUGCGUUCGAUCACACUGCUGCAACACAAGCAGAUGGAGGGCAUUUUCGUGGAGAUUGCUCGAGACUGUGAGCCGAAGUGGAUGCGUGCCGUGGAGAUUCUCGACGAUGACACGUUCCUUGGUUGCGAGACGCACGACAAUCUAUUCGUGUGUCAGAAAGAUAGUGCUGCCACGACAGAUGAGGAACGUCAAUUAUUGCCAGAGCUGGCGCGUUUCCAUCUAGGCGAUACUAUUAACGUAUUUCGACAUGGCUCCUUGGUCAUGCAGAAUGUCGGAGAGCGUACAACACCUAUUAAUGGUUGUGUUCUCUAUGGCACCUGCAAUGGAGCCAUUGGCAUUGUCACCCAGAUCCCGCAAGAUUUCUACGAUUUUCUGCAUGGCUUGGAAGAGCGCCUGAAGAAGAUUAUUAAGUCAGUGGGUAAAAUUGACCAUACCUACUAUCGUAAUUACCAAAUUAAUACGAAGGUGGAGCCCAGCGAGGGCUUCAUUGAUGGUGAUUUAAUUGAAAGCUUUUUGGAUUUGGGACGUGAAAAGAUGCGCGAAGCUGUUUUGGGCCUUGAGUUGACGUUAAAUGGCGAGCGCAAAGGUGCCGAUGUGGAGGAUGUUAUUAAAAUUGUGGAGGACUUGACACGGAUGCAUUGAAGCCGAAUGCUUGAGCUGUAUAUAAUUCUGAAUUAUUAAUUAACUUACAGUUUGUUUUUUUUGGUUGUAAGUGUCAUUACCGUGAGUCUUAUCAAUACAAUAUUUAAAAAAGAAAAUACCAAACUUUUAAAGGACUUCACUACAAAAAAAUAACAAGAAAUGAAUUUAAUCUCGAAGCUAUUGUUUAGAUAUUGAAGUAUUCUAUUUUAUCAGACGGUUAAAUGGGAUUUCCGCAACGAUCCUAAUCUUGAAAAUAAACAUUUUUAGUAUCUUUUCUCUGCCUACAUACAAAAACUGUGUAAGCACGUUAGGUAGCGCACUUUUAAAGUUGCGCCUUUGAUAAUUUUAAUAAAGUGCUUAAAUAUAAACA